AUGAGCUCGCCUGGGAAACUUCACUUCCCGGAAAGUUUGUUUACUUCGCGCCAUGAUGAGGCUACAGUUGUCCUUCGUCGUCUCAUAGAAGACAACCACAAACAGAACAGACUGCUUUAUAAAGAAGUCUUACACAAUCAUGUCCAACAUGGCUUGCUAGCCGCGUACUGCCUCGGAAGCAGCGGCGCACGGUUAAGAGAAUUAUUUUCAGAGGAGAUAAAGGAACUUGAAUCGCGCGAAGAGUCAAAACGUGAAAAAAUCACGACAGAACUUGUACUUGAUGAACUCUUAGGACAUAAAGAAAAUGAGCUGGAUUUUAUUAUAUAUUUUGAAGAGCAACGGUCCAGUUCUGGCGUCCACGUACAGGAAGCUUUGCAGUACUGGAUUCUCGAUCGGGGGAAAGAAUUCUUACCAGCCUUCAUUGGCGGCUAUGCUCACCCACUAAUUAUGUUCGCUGAUGCAGUGGAGCUGGGUAGCUCGAUGCUGGCUUUUGAUGCCCUUGCUCUCACUGCCACAGACUGGAGCCCCCUAACAACCCUAGUCACUAUGAAUCUUCCACCACCGGAGACUUGCUCAAAUUCCUUACUUGAGAUACUCGACAAAAUCCGGAACGAUUCGUCCUUCGAACAUGUCAUUCCCAGCCCUGGCAUUCAGCACAUUGCAGAAAUCCUCCAUAAUGGGCCCGCAACAGCUGCAAUUAUAAAAUACCUUAGCAUCGGCAACGAAUACAUCUCGAGACCGGAGUUCAAUCUCCAAGUCACAGGGGAAAUGGUAGAGGUUGCUAUCUAUCUCCUCAUGUGCACACAUGUUCCUGGAGCACCGGCCUUUGACUUUUAUCUGAACCAUAAUCUGACGUUUGUCAAUUGCCUACAUAUUCUGCUACCCGUAUUUGAACACGAAGAUGCAAAGAAAACUUUGUUGCGGAUGUAUUGGCUACUAACUAUCUUUGCAUUUGUAACACAGGGGCGACCAGUGGUCAACACGGAAUUGAUUCAGUCGCGCGAGUCAAGGCCUUCAACUGCUGAAUGGGAAGAAUUAAAGAAUGCUGCACUCAAUUCGAUUGGGACUUUGAACCCCAAAAGAAUUUUUGAUGCCCAUUUCCUCAAGGCUGUCCAUAUUAUGCAUACAUUCGGUCUGGUCAUGGGAGAUAUGGAAGCUCUGAUACUAGCAGCAGCACAAAAAUUGGUGGGGGAGUUCAAUAAUUGGACUGGAUUUGGAUCUUCUUAG